GCACUUUUACGGUUCGAAGGUCGUGUGCAUUUAUGUGCAAUGCCCGUGUUGAGCCCUCUCGAGUUUCGUGAUUGUGUUGUGGACAGCCCGAAUUUCCGAAAGGCUUUGUCAGACCAUGAGGCAGACUUAAAAAUCGCAAACAAGAAAGUCAAAAGUGUUUUAGUGAACACAAGAAGAGUUUUCGAAGCUAUGGAAUCAUUAAAUCAAGCGCUCAUUGAUUAUGCUGAAUCAUUGAAUGAUUUUUCAGAGUACGCUCAUCAGUCAACUUGUUUAUCCCAAACAGAAAACGAAGUUUGUGAAACCGAUGAUGAUAUUAUAAUUAAAAAUGCCUUGUCAGUUUAUGCAACUAUAAUUACAAAUGUUGAAGAGGCUAGGCGUACUAUGAUUCAACCCAAUAAAGAGCUGGUCUUAACUGAACUAUCGGAAUUACGUUCUCUAUGGUUGGGUGGUCAAAAUACUAAUGUAAAAGCAUUUCAAAAAGAAACUAAAAACUUUUGUCAAUACCUUGAAAAAUACGCAUCAAUUAAAUCAAAAGAGUUUACAGAAGAUAAUGAUGCAAAAAUGCUUCAAGAACGUAAAAAUUAUAUUGCAAAAGCAUUUGAAUAUAUCAGCAAUAUAAAUGAAGCGCAUGAAUUGAAAAAAUCCAAAUUUGUUCAAACAGUAAGUUUGAUCAUGAGAAUGCUGUCAAAUUUCUAUUAUCAAGCUUUCGAACAAUUCAAAGAUUCAUCACAUCAAAUUAGUCAGAUACUUCAAGCUGCACAGCGUUCUAGUGAAAAUUAUGAACAAAUUAGUUUAGAGAGUAAAACACUAACAGAAAAACUACUCAAUACACCAUGGGAACAAAUACAAUCUACAAAUUUAGCUGAUACACGUGAAGGUUAUGUAUUUGUUGCUACAAAAAAAGCUGUUAUGACAAUUUGGACAAAAAAUUUCUGUACAUAUAAUCGUAAUAGUAAAAUAUUAAAGCUUACACCCUAUACUCAAUAUCAAGACAAUGAUAAUAAUACCGAAAUAUUGAAUGUCAUCUCGUGUAGAAGACGAUCAAAUGAUUCCAUUGAUAGACGUUGGUGUUUUGAUAUUGAAGUAUCAAGAAGAUCUACUCCACUUACUUUACAAGCACAAUGCUUGGAUGAUCUUCAUGAAUGGCUUCUUGUAAUGGAUGGAAAAGAGCCAAUUUAUGAAGAUAGACGUGUUUGCCUCCAUGAAUCAGAUAAUAUUCAAUUAAACGACAAAAGUUAUGAAUUUCUACUCAAUUUAAUUCAUGCGAUUGAAAAAAAUGGUAUUCAAGUUGAAGGAAUCUAUAGAACAUGUGGGGUGAAAUCUAAAGUUGCCAGUCUGAUUAAACAAGCUCUAUCUCCAUCAGGAAUAUCCAAGACGACUUUGUCAAAUUAUGAAUUAUGCGUUUUAACUGGCGCAUUAAAAAGUUUUAUUCGACAAUUAGAAACUCCAAUUAUGACAUUUCAAUUACAUGAUUCUUUCAUGUCUGCAAUGAAACGAGAUAAUGCUUAUCGAUUAACAGAGCUUAGUGCAUUAUUAAAAUUGUUACCACCAGAAAAUCAACGUACUUUAGACUUACUGAUUAGGCAUUUAUCAAGCGUUGCUGCCUACAGUCAAUUGAAUCACAUGAGCCCAAGUAAUCUAGGCAUUGUAUUCGCACCAUCAUUGUUUCGUUCACGUGAAGAAUCUGUCGCUGCGAUUAUGUCCACAAAAUUUGCUUCAACUGCUGUCGAAUUAAUGAUUAUUAAUUAUUCAAGUUUAUUUCCAAUACAUUCAUCGAAUAUUCUUCGACCAAUACCUCAGUUAUCCUUACCAUUAUCUACUACCCCACUUGUUAUGGAUGAUAGAAAUGGAACUAUAAGCGAAAUUAACAAUACCACUCAUAAUUCUAUCAGUGAUAUAUUUGAUAGUAAUAAUACUCCUACUAAUAUGGGAAAAUAUAACCAUAUUAAGAAUGGUGAAAACUCUGUAGAACCAGUGUAUACUACACCGGUUAUUGGCUAUCCUUUUCAAUUAACCAUUUAUCCUUUUUAUACACCGUAUAGAUUCAAUAUUGGAUCGGUAGGUUUAAGUUUUAUUAGUAGUAUAUGGUAUACAAGAAGCAAAAAGUUUUUUUCUCUGCUUCUUUCAUUAUUCUUUUUUCUAUUUGCACUUUUGCUGAAUGCUUUUUGAUUGCUAGCGAUUUUUCGCAUGUUUGCUGAUCUGGAUAUACACACACACAAGUUAAAGAGUUUUCUUUAUGGCAAAGCAUAAGAUCACUGUGCGUGUGUGUGUGAUGAUAGUUUCUAUCCCUAUCUGGGAUCACUGUGGGAAAAAAUUACGCUAGAGAUAAUUUUGUACGGAACGGAUGUUUCAUUUUUUAAGCUUGAAAGUAUCCACCCUUUGUGUGGCUUUUUAAAGCUGAUAAGAGAAGAGCUCAGAGUUUUACUACAAGAAGAAUAAAGUCUUCCGACGUUGUCUAUCCGAUAAACGCAUGAGUUAAACUACCAAGCUUAGCUUCUUAUGUUGAUGAAUAAUUGCUAUGGUUUCAGUCACUCAUUGCAUUGAGUCUGUUUUAUCACAGUCGCCUGUAUUUGCAAUAGUUAGGAUUUCUAGUUUUUGUCAUCUGUCUAAUAAGUAUUAAAAUUGAGAUUCUGAAAUUUUCGUUUUAACAUAAUUUAGGGUGAUUUGAUCACCACGUUAGAUCACGUUUCCUAUUUACCAAACUUGCUCCACUCCAGUUUUAUUUUAUUUUCAAAUGUGGAAUGGCUAUGUAAAGGGUCUACAUUGUUCUUCGAUCCGAUCCAGCCACUGAUGCACACUCCAGCGCUUAUACAAUCAGCUACACUCAGAGAGGAAAGUAGAAACUGUGUAUGUAUCCUUUAUUUCACCAAAAGCUAAAUAAUCAUUCUUACGACUGGUAUGUGUAUAUAAGUUGUGAGAGUGACUCAGACAGGGACAUGUGAAUUAUAGAUUUAAGUAGAUGAGUAAGCUACUUACAGUAACUGUUGGGGUGAUCCAGAAAACUUCUCGCAAAAUACAAGAAAGGCUCAGGAAACAGUAAGAAGCAUUUUAUCCAAUCAGCGUCCACUAGAAAUGUAGCCAGAAACAUUAAGAAAGUGAGAAGUCACAUGUGAAGUUUCUGAUUAACUGAUUAUUAUCCUGCUACUAUGUUUAGUAGCAUUGUAGAAUUUUAGGGAAACGCAAGGACAUCUAAAAUACUAUGAAAACCUUAUAUUUUCUGUACUAAAAAGAACCUUUGGAGUAAAGUGCUUCUCGCAUAUUUUGCGCCUUUUCUCUCGUGUUCAGGUCGCUGUGUAGUUCUAGCUUAGUGGUUACGAAAAUAGCUUAGGACCCGAAUAUAGCGUUGAAUUAGCAAGACUUACGAGUAACCUCCUUGCCCACACUUUCACCAUAACCCCCAUGUAGUCUUGAAACCACGUGAUACGUUUGAGAUUGUUCGGAAAAUUGCAACGCCAUUAAAAAUUGAAAACGAUAAAACGACAAAUUAACUGUAGACUGUAAUUUUCGGAAAUUCCAAAGGAUGUGUUGUACACUGAAAAUGGAGAUAUAAUACAUGUAUCGCCACAUCUAAGGGGGCGCAUAUUUUGAAGGCAAUACGUUUGAAAUACUCUAUAUUUUGAGAAGUGAGGUUUUUCGUGAUCUUGGUUCAUCCGGUUCAUUGGACAGAUCACAAAUUAUUCAAUGAUAUUACUUGAUAGUUAACUAUAUUCUAUCUGUUAUUCUGUUUCAAUGUUUUAUUGCUUAAAACCAUUUGUGCUUAUGCGUUUGUAAAUGUGUGUGUGUGUGUUCUUGCACUAUGCUGUUGAUCUCUGCUUUUAUACCGCUUCAUUAAUUAACAUUUUGCAUGCGUAUUUUUAAAAAUUGUUUCUGUGACUGAACUGA